AUGGCUGAUGGGAACACGAUGCAGAGCACUACGGCUAAUGGGAAAAGGAUGCAGACCACUACGGCUAAUGGGGACACGAUGCAGAGCACUACAGCUAAUGGGAAAAGGAUGCAGACCACUACGGCUAAUGGGGACAGGAUGCAGAGCAGUAUGGCUAAUGGAGACAGGAUGCAGACCACUAUGGCUUAUGGGAAAAGGAUGCAGACCACUACGGCUAAUGGGAACACGAUACAGAGCAGUAUGGCUAAUGGAGACAGGAUGCAGACCACUAUGGCUUAUGGGAAAAGGAUGCAGACCACUAUGGCUAAUGGGGACAGGAUGCAGACCACUACGGCUUAUGGGAACAGGUUGCAGAAUACUAUGGCUUGCGGGGACAGGUUGCAGAAUACUAUGGCUUGUGGGGACAGGAUGCAGACCACUAUGGCUUAUGGGCACAGGAUGCAGACGACUAUGGCUUGUGGGGACAGGAUGCAGACCACUAUGGCUAAUGGGGACAGGAUGCAGACCACUACGGCUUAUGGGAACAGGUUGCAGAAUACUAUGGCUAAUGGGGACAGGUUGCAGAACACUAUGGCUAAUGGGGACAGGAUGCAGACCACUAUGGCUUAUGGGCACAGGAUGCAGACGACUAUGGCUUGUGGGGACAGGAUGCAGACCACUAUGGCUAAUGGGGACAGGAUGCAGACCACUAUGGCUUAUGGGCACAGGAUGCAGACGACUAUGGCUUGCGGGGACAGGUUGCAGAAUACUAUGGCUUGUGGGGACAGGAUGAAGACGACUAUGGCUUGUGGGGACAGGAUGCAGACCACUACGGCUAAUGGGCACAGGAUGCAGAAUACUAUGGCUAAUGGGGACAGGAUGCAGAACACAAUGGCCUAA